CUCUAUUUAAGGAACCAGAGUGAAGAUGGGACUGCCACCUGGACCCUCCUGACACCUGCAUGAAGAGGCCUGGAACUGAAGCUCCUGCAGAAGAUUGAAGACAACAUGUCAGGUGAGGCCUUCGUCACCCUUGCCACCACAGACUCAUACUGUAAGGGUGCGACGGUGGUGGCCCGGAGUUUGAGGCGUCAUGGCACGACUCGCAGAAUCGUCAUCAUGGUGACGCCCAACAUCUCCGAGCGCUCCAGGCGGUCCCUCCACGCUGAGUUUGACGAGGUGGUCUUGGUGGACCUGAUGGACAGUCAGGACAAAGCCAACCUGGCUCUACUGGGGAGACCUGACCUCGGCAUCACCUUCACCAAGAUCCACUGCUGGACUCUGACCCGGUUCAGCAAAUGUGUCUUCCUGGAUGCUGACACCCUUGUUCUGUGUAACGUGGAUGAUCUGUUUGAGAGAGAGGAGCUGUCAGCGGCUCCAGAUCCCGGCUGGCCUGACUGCUUCAACUCGGGCGUGUUUGUGUUCAGACCGUCUCUGCAGACACACGCCGCCCUGCUGGAGCACGCCCUGCAACACGGCAGCUUCGAUGGAGGGGACCAGGGCCUGCUGAACUCUUUCUUCAGCGGUUGGGUGAACGAAGACAUCAGCAAACACUUGCCGUUCAUCUACAACCUCAGUGCCAGCGCCAUCUACAGCUACCGCCCCGCCUUCCAACAGUUUGGCCACAAUGCAAAGAUUGUCCACUUCAUCGGGUCGGUGAAACCCUGGAACUCCAGCAUCCAGAGCGGUGGCGGCGGCUCUGAGACCAUGACACAGUUUUUGUCUCUGUGGUGGAAGGAGUUCAACGAUUACGUGAAGACGACUCUGCCUGAGAAGACAGACAUGCAGAAAGAGAAACCCAGGAAGAUCCUGAAAUCGAAGACCAGAGCCAGAGUGGUGGUUCGAAAAACCGUGGACGGCUCCAAAUCCAAAGUGGUGGUUCGAAAAACUGUGGACAGUCCCAAGAUCCUGCUCCCCCCCGCCCCCGCUCCAUCUGAGAGGCUGCAGACACCGAGGGAACCGAGAGAACUGGAGAACGUUCCACACGCAGAGAGUGACACGCCACUGAAAAAAGAGGAGGAGGUGGAGGUGGAGGAGGAGACAAGAGCACCUGAGACGACAGCGGCAGAGGAACCACCUGUGCAAGAAGAGGUUGAAGAAGAAGAAGAGGAAGAAGAAGAAGAGGAAGAAGAGGAGGAGGAAGAGGAAGGAAGCGAUGAGGCCUCAGAUAUUGAGCCGUAUGAGAUAGAGGAAGUCACAGAGGAGGAGCAGCUGGAGCAUCGGAAGCAGUGGGAGAUCGGGAAGGCCGACUACCUGGGCCGAGACGCCUUCCAGAACAUCCAGAGGAUGCUGGACCGCUUCCUGGACUGACCCACGACACACAGGGGACGACCUGAACGACCCUUGACUUUCAGCUCCUCUGAUUAAACCCACGCUGACUGAUCUUUUCUGUGACUCAGGAUACAGACGGACUCAAAUGCUGAUUUUUUUUUAACCCCAAAGUGUUAGACUGUCAAUAAAAUUUAACAUAGCUCCAGCUCUGAUACUUUGUGCUGUAUCUGUCAAUAAACCAAACUAUAAACCUCA